AUGAAUAAUCCUGAAAACCAUCCUGAAAAUCAAAAAGGUCAAUAUCUAUUCCAGAUAUUACAGCAUACUUUACAGGCAAGCAAAGACUUGAAAGAUCCAUUCGAUGAUGAUACUGCAUUCAACAAUACGAGUAGCUUAAUCGUAUACUGUGCACCAGACAUUCGCUCAAAACAUAAUAUACUUUGUAACAACAUUCAAAGUAUUUGUGAUAAACAAGAGGAAUUGAUCAAACAGAUGUUUCUUGGUGCACAUUUAGCUGCUGACUUGGCCAAGAAUAAUAUAUCCGCAGAGAAUAUAAUGUUAUUGGUCAGUUGA